AAAGAUUGUGUCAGCAUGCUCUGGGUUUGGCUGAGAAGGAAAUGACUGAGCCUGUAAUACUGUCUGUGCUAAUGGGUAUAGAGAGGGUUCCAACUACCAGGCUGGUUUCUAACCUUUCCACACUAAUCACUCCCAUGCUCCUUCCUCCAGGUACCUGGUUCUCAAAAGGCUUUCUACCUACCCAUUGGUACACGUUUAUUUUCUCUCUCUGGUCCUGGAACAAAAACAAAUUCAGUGCAUGUGAGGCAGCUCCAGCAGCGGAACUCUAAAGACGCAAGCCUUUGUUCUACUACGGACUCGUUUACGUGGUGCGCACUACGUUACUAUGGAAACCGGGGCGUGCAUGAGGAGAAGUUUGAUGGAUGGGCUGUCAGAAGACAGAGAAAGUAUAGAUUAUGAAGAACAUAUAGUACAGAAUUCAUCACCCAGAAGAGAAUUGGGACAUGACUAUUCCAGUGAAUCGUUUGAAUCCCUUACUGAUUCAUCCAGUGAGAAAGAUGAAAGCGAACCAUUUAAAUCAUACUCCUCAGAACAAGGAUCUAACAGUGCUACCGUAUCAUCAGAGCAUGGAUCUGGUGAUGUUUCAGCAUCCUCAGAGAAUGGAUCUGAUCACAUUUCAGGAUCUGAAGAUUCAGAAGUGGGUUAUCCAGCCAAUACACAUUGCCAAGAUUUGAUUAAAAAAUGGAUUGAAAAUCUUCAGUUCAAGCAUGCAUGUGCUUCAGCUGCUAGAACUAAUGUCAAGAAGUCAAGAAACGCUACAGCACUUCCUGGACAGGAAUCUCCCGAGGAAGAGACAUUUGGCCAGGAGACUGCUGAGGAGAUUGCUGAGAAGGAGACAGAGUCUCUGCACACCUAUUGCUUGAUGAAGAUAAAACACAUCUGCCAAUCCCAAAACGCCCACAAGAAACAAGACCCGUGUCCUACAAACAACUCCAAAAGUUUCAUGACAGAAGACCUGGAAGAUGUUGUCCCACAGCAGCUGCUCAACAGGCUCCAUCUAGAGAACAUGAAAGAGACCUUCAAACAGGUGGCUAAAACUGGAAUGCACCAACCCUCUACUUGUCCUCAUUGUACCACUAAGCGGGCUGAGCUGGCAAAGUGUGAAUUUGUUAGACGGAGAAGGACCAAGCUAGAAGCAUCCUUACUACAAAGCAAAAUGGAGGAGCACCUGUACAGCAAAGACCUGCUGACCUGUAUUGGGGAGAUCCACCAGUCCCUUCCCAGACUUACUGAUGGGAGUAGCACCAUUUGGCAGAGACUGUAUGCUAGCAGUAAGAAGACAUAGCUGGUUUCAAGAGCCUCUGUAAAGGAGGUUACUUUGGGGUGAUUGGCUUUGCUUUAUGACACCUGGAAACUGAGUGUGUGUUUUGCACAUUAUGGACCAUUAGUGUAAAUAAUUAUGACUUUUGAAGUCUGAAGAACAGAUGUGUUGCUAUAUAUUUAUUACACUUUUGUGUUAAGUCUCUUUCCAAAUCUUUGAAAUAAACAGCCGAACUGCA